CCAAUCGGCCAGUGUUUGCCUCCGCCUCCCGUCGUUUUUUCCUUUUCUUUUCUUCGCUUCCCGCCCGGGGCUUCCUUCUCUUUUUCUUUCUUUCUUCCUCCUCCUUCAUCAUCAUCUCUUUCUCUCUCCUCUUUCCCUUUUAUUCCUCUCUUUACUCCCCAUCUUUGUCUUUGAAGGUUGUGUUACUCCCUUCACUGCCUUCUCCCGUUACAUUCGCUUCACCUGUGUCUGUUUUACGCCUCCGUCUCUCUUCCUAAGUCAAUAAAAACAAGUUUUUGUUAAUUUCAUCAUGUCUUCCUACGGCGGCGGCGGCGGCUACCAGCGCGAUUCGUAUCGCUCCAGAAACGGUGGCGGCGGUGGUGGUUACUCUAACGGCUACUCCAACGGCGGCGGUUACGGUGGUGGUGGUGGUGGUUACGGCGGCGGCGGCGGCUAUGGUGGCGGCGGCUAUGGUGGCGGCGGUUAUGGUGGCAGAGGUGGUGGUGCCGGUGCUGGCGCUGGUGGAGACCGCAUGUCCAACCUGGGCGCUGGCUUGAAGAAGCAGGAAUGGGACCUCGAUGCUCUUCCCAAGUUCGAGAAGUCUUUCUACAAGGAACACCCCGAUGUCGCCAACCGCUCCCAGCGUGAGGUCGACGAGUUCCGUAAGAAGCACGAGAUGGCCGUCCAGGGCAAGAACGUCCCUCGCCCCGUCGAGACCUUCGAUGAGGCUGGAUUCCCCCAAUACGUUCUGGGCGAAGUCAAGGCUCAGGGCUUCGAUCGUCCCACCGCUAUCCAGUCCCAGGGUUGGCCCAUGGCCCUCUCUGGUCGCGACGUCGUCGGUAUCGCUGAGACUGGUUCCGGAAAGACUUUGACCUACUGUCUCCCGGCCAUCGUUCACAUCAACGCUCAGCCUCUUCUCGCCCCCGGUGACGGCCCCAUCGUCCUUAUCCUCGCUCCUACCCGUGAGUUGGCCGUUCAGAUCCAGGCCGAAAUUUCGAAGUUCGGAAAGUCUUCCCGUAUCCGCAACACCUGCGUCUACGGUGGUGUCCCCAAGGGUCCUCAGAUUCGUGACUUGAGCCGUGGUGUUGAAGUCUGCAUUGCCACUCCCGGUCGUCUGAUUGACAUGCUGGAGGCUGGCCGUACCAACCUUCGCCGUGUCACAUACUUGGUUCUGGAUGAGGCUGAUCGCAUGCUGGACAUGGGUUUCGAGCCCCAGAUCCGCAAGAUCAUCUCCCAGAUUCGCCCUGACCGUCAGACCUGCAUGUGGUCCGCCACCUGGCCUAAGGAGGUCCGCCAGCUUGCGUCGGACUUCCUCAGCGACUACAUCCAGGUCAACAUCGGUUCGAUGGAUCUGUCCGCCAACCACCGUAUCACUCAGAUCGUCGAGGUCGUUUCGGACUUCGAGAAGCGCGAUCGCAUGAUCAAGCACCUCGAGAAGAUCAUGGAGAACCGUGGCAACAAGUGCCUCAUCUUCACCGGCACCAAACGUAUCGCCGACGAAAUCACUCGCUUCCUCCGCCAGGACGGAUGGCCCGCCCUUUCCAUUCACGGCGACAAGCAACAGCAAGAGAGAGAUUGGGUCUUGAACGAAUUCAAGACGGGCAAGAGCCCAAUCAUGGUGGCUACCGAUGUGGCUUCCCGUGGUAUUGAUGUGCGCGACAUCACACACGUCCUAAACUAUGACUACCCGAAUAACUCGGAGGACUAUGUUCACCGUAUCGGUCGAACUGGUCGUGCCGGUGCUAAGGGUACCGCCAUCACCUUCUUCACCACUGACAAUUCUAAGCAGGCUCGUGACUUGGUCACCAUUCUCACUGAGGCCAAGCAGCAGAUUGACCCCCGUCUCGCCGAGAUGGUCCGCUACAGCGGCGGCGGUGGCCAUGGCCACGGUGGUUACGGCCGUUGGGGUGGUCGCGGCGGUGGUCGUGGCCGGGGCAACAACUUCACUGCCUCCAACGCGGCUCCUCUCGGUGGCAACCGUCGCUGGUAAACUGACCACGAUGCCCAGUCACUGAGCUUGUAUUCCAUUGUCACAUCGGUAGACCUUUUCCUUUCUCCUGCGCAUGACUUACCAUUUCUUCGUAACGGUCCGGGCGGCGUUCAUCAAUAUCACGAUAGACCAUUCGCGUGUUUUUGCUCAGUUUACAACAGGU